CACACAAAAUCUCUGUCCUCUGGUCUUCUUCUUCUUCUUCUUCUCUCUGCUUGCACGAGUUGGGAAAUCCAAAUGGAAGACACGAUCUCAGAAGUCAUGAGCAUACUCCCUCCAGGUUUCAGAUUCCAUGCCACUGAUGAGGAGCUUCUGCUCCUUUACUUAAAGCCCAAGAUUCUAGGGCAGCCCGAGGAACACUACUCCAACAUAAUUCCGGAGAUCGAUGUAUGCGAAUCGGAACCAUGGCAAUUGCCCGCCAUGUUCGAUCGCAAGUUCAACAGGAAGGAGCUGUUCUUCUAUUGCCGCGUGAAGCGCAAGUAUGUGAACAGCAGGCGCUCCGACCGCACGACCAGAGCCGGUUACUGGAAAGUGACCGGCAAGGAACGCGCCAUCCUGAGUGAGGACACCAACGAGCAGUUAGGAAUCAAGAAGACGUUGGUGUUCUAUGAAGGUCGCGUACCUCAGGGCAAAAGAACCAACUGGGUCAUGCAUGAGUAUCACCUAAAUUCCAAGUUUUUGGGCGGUAAUCACGCCAAAGGCGAGAUGCUACCAUAUGUGGCAUGUCGGAUCAAGAACAAGAAAGACAAGAAGCUGACGAUGGGGCAUGCUCCGGCAAUCAGCCCAGAAGUCUAUUCAAGUAGUCCUCUCACAAGCGCUAGCAAUGUAUCAGACCCCCCUGUGAAUCAAGAAGGGGAUUUGCUGAGCUUCUGUAACACCCCCAACAGUGAAGUUGUUGAUAACCAACGAGCUGCUGAUACUCAACCCGAGAUGUCAAUGGGAGAAAUUAUGGAUUCACUAUGCCCAAUUCAGCGACUGGACGAUCGUUUACCAGACUACAACAACACUCCAACCUUUCAGCCACAGGUAGAAGCAGGAGCAGAGGAAGAGGAAGUAUGGUCGUCCUACUUAGAUUUCUCAUAUGACAACAACGGGAAUGAGUUCGACUAUGGACGCAUCCUAUCUCCAUGCAGCAACUCGGCAAACUUUUCCGGUUGGGCUGCGGAAAUGUUAGAGGACUUCUCCACAGCAUCCUACAAUGGUGGAGCAUGAUUUGGAAGGAGUGUGCGUGAGCGUGCGUUUUUUUCUUUUUUACUUACUUCUGAUGUAUCAAGUAUUGCGAGUGUAGCUUCUGAAGUGAAGUGAAACAUGUAGUUUCACAAUUCGUGCGAGUCCUGGCUUCAGAGUCGUGCUUCUUCUUUUGUUUCAGGUUGUGUUUUCGGCUGAUGGGGAUGUAACAUACUUAAAUAAAAUGUGUUAUGUUA